AUGCCCGCGGCCAUGCCCGACCAGGCCGAGGCCGGCCUGCCCCCGGAGGAGCGCCUGCGGAGGCUGAUCCAGGCGGGCAGCGCCGUGGAGGUCAACGAGGACGUGCCCCCCCGGCGCUACUUCCGCUCCGGCGUGGAGAUCCUGCGCAUGGCCGCGGUCUACGCCGAGGAGGGCAACCCCGAGCACGCCUUCAUCCUCUACAACAAGUACAUCACGCUCUUCAUAGAGAAGCUGCCCCAGCACCGUGAUUACAAAGCUGCUGUCAUACCUGAGAAGAGAGAGACAGUCAGAAAGCUGAAGGAAGUAGCUUUCCCCAGAGCUGAAGAGCUGAAGGAGGAGCUGUUAAAGAGGUACACCAAGGACUAUGCUAAGUACAAGGAGCAGAAGAAGGAGAAGGAGUUGGAAUUUGCACGCAGCUUGGCCUUGCAGCAGCAGCUGGAGGAGGAGAGGAGCCGAGUGGCCCUGAUGAAGCAGCAGCAGGCAGAGCAAGAGCAGUUCCAGGCCUUUGAGGAGAUGAUUCGCCGCCAGGAGCUGGAGAAGGAGCGCCUGAGGAUAGUGCAGGAGUUUGGAAAGCCAGAGCCAAGGCCUGAGGCUCUGGAUGGACCUCUCAUCCCUGGUGUGGAGAAGCCUCCCACUGAUCUAAGCCCAGCGGUUCCUGCCUCUCCAGUGUCCCCUGCCAGCCCCUCAGCAGGAACUGUCUCCUCCAGGCCUCCUGUUGUGGACAGGUCUUUGAAACCAAGCGCUCUGGGGAGCACAAACAACAGUGCCAGCUUAGAUGUCCUUCGCCAGGUCAUUGUCCCUAGGGAGCUCUGCCAGAAGUUCCUGCAGCUGGCUGACGCCAACACCGUCAGGGGGGUGGAGACCUGUGGGAUCCUCUGCGGUAAGCUGAUGAGGAACGAGUUCACCGUCACCCACGUCAUCGUCCCCAAGCAGCACGCGGGCCCCGACUACUGCAACACCGAGAGCGAGGAGGAGCUCUUCGUCAUCCAGGACCAGCACAGCCUUGUCACACUGGGCUGGAUCCAUACCCACCCCACACAGACAGCUUUCCUCUCCAGUGUUGACCUGCACACACACUGCUCCUACCAGAUGAUGUUGCCUGAGUCCAUUGCUAUUGUGUGCUCUCCAAAGUACCAGGAGACAGGGUUCUUCAAGCUGACUGAGCACGGCCUGCAGGAGAUCUCGUCCUGCCGGCAGAAAGGAUUCCACCCACACCCCAAAGACCCUCCUCUCUUCACAACCUGCAACCAUGUGUCUGUGGUCGAGAGAGACGUGGUCCUGAUGGAUCUCCGAUAGGCCUCUUGCCUUAAGCACUGACAGAGGACCCCUCCCCACCUUCCUUCUAGGCCUAGGGAAUUUGGGGGUUUGCCCUCCUGUAGCAGGUGAUUUCUACUGUGUAGUGCCCCUGCCCCUUCUUCCCCCAGGAGCCAUGGUGAGAUCACUUCCCUGACCUCACUGGGAGCACCUGGAAGCCUCAGUGCCUGGUGUGGGGCUGCCAAAGUGGGGCUGAGGUUCAGGGUGUGGGGAAGAGCUGAGUGGAAGUCCAAAGGCAGAAGCUAACACUGGUUGUUUAAUACUCUUAAGCUAUGGCUUGAACAGCUUCUUGGCAGGAGCUGGGGGAGGGGUUCCCUGUGAUUUGCUGCAAACUUGAGGUGUGGAAACCUCUCCAAGUGCUUUCUAAAGUGGGACUUGCCCAGACUGAGCUGUGCUCUGUUUUGCUCUUCUCUCUGGGUUGCUGUUGGCUCAGUGCAGCUGAGAAGUUUUUGCUAGAGUCUAAAGAUGGAACCUUCCUAACCCCUCUCACCCCAUCCAAGAGCUUUGUGCUGCUGAGCCAGAGGGAGUCCUGCUGGCUGGAGUGGAGAAGCCUUUGCUAGAGUCUAAAGAUGGAACUUUCCUAACCCCUCUCACCCCAUCCAAGAGCUUCGUGCUGCUGAGCCAGAGGGAGUCCUGCUGGCUGGUUCUCAGGUCUCUUUCCAGUGAGGUCAGAAGGGUCCCAGGCUCCUUUGGCAACCCCUAUUUCAGCAUUCCAGGGGAUGUGGCACUGCUCUGCAGAAGCUGCUUCAUUCCAGCCCUGGAGAGGGUGUCUGGAUUCCAUCUCCUAGGUGAGAGCCCUUGGGCUGCCCAGUGAGGGCUCGGGGUCAGCUUGCUGCUGGUGCUGCUGUGGAGGAGCCUCUGCCUGCAGUGUGUUGUGUGAAGGCUCUGGAUGGCCACCACCCCUCUGAGACAGGACUCUAGCAGCUUUUGCCACUCCAGUCCUCAAAGCUCACCACACCCAUUGCCUCCACACUUCUCAGAGCAGUCUGAAGUCCUUGCCAAAGCCGAGUGCCCCGUGACGUCGCCGUUACGCAGUACCCAGCCGGGGACCUCCCCUGAGUGACUGUGAGACAUCAUCCAGCAGCCAGUUCCCUUCCCUGUGCUACCCAUCUGGAGCCUCUGCCCCUGCUGCUGGUGGGGGAGAAGCUGUGCUGCAAGGUGGAAAGCAUCUGGCCUCCAAAGGGCUGAGCGUGACCCACAGCAUCUCCACAUCCUCCGGCAGGAUGCUGUGAGGAGCAGUGUGUGGGGAGGGGAGGAAGGCUUGGAGGAGCUGCCAGCCCACCUGCUGUGCAUGAUGUGUGUGCUCCAUGGCAUGGCCUCGGCCUUCCACAUCCAGCAGCCUUUGGUGUUCAGUUAACACAGAUGGAUUGGAUCAGCUUGGCCUGGUUUCAGCUGCCACUUGUUUUCCUUUGAGCUGACUCCGUGGGGUGGAGGGAUCUGACGUGCCUGAGAGCGGGGAGGGAAUCCAGGGAAGGGUCUGGAGAACAGGGCUGGGGAGGAGCAGCUGAGGGACCUGGGGGUGUUCAGCCUGGAGAAAAAGAGGCUGAGGGGAAACCUUCUGGCUCUUUACAACUCCCAGAAAGGCUGGAGCCAGGUGGGGGUUGAUCUCUUCUGCCAAGGAACCAGGGACAGGACA